AUGGAUUUGCCUGAUUUUCAAAUAAUUUCAAAACACGAUACCGAAUGGGAACUAGAAGAUUUGGAUUUAAUUCAAACUCAACAGUUGGUUUUUAGUGACAAUAACAAUAGAUUUUCAAAUCCAGUUUCAACCACAGAGUUUGAAAAGCGCAUAAGUGACAGAAUACCAGCAAAAACUAAAAGUUCUACAAACUGGAGUGUAAAUGUUUGGCAAACAUGGGCUGAAAAUAGAAACUGUAAUCCUAUAACUGCUACUGAACACUAUACAUGUGUUCCGGUUGAGAUACAAUCUGCAGAUUUACCGCAGAUUGACUUUUGGAUGUCUAGGUUUAUAAUGGAAUGCAGGCGCGAGGAUGGGUCGCCAUAUCCACCUAAUACACUCAUGAACUUGACAAAUGGACUACAGCGUUACCUAAGAGAGAAUGGUCGUCCUGAAAUAUUUUUUUUGCCAAAAAAUACCUCCACGUUUUCGACGUUUCAGAAGGCAUUAGAUGCAAGAAUGAAAGAAUUAACACAUGAUGGUAUUGGAAUUCAUAAGAAGAGGGCAGACCCCGUAUCUAUUGAUGAUGAAAAGAUCUUAUGGGAGAAAGGAAUUUUUAGCAUGACGACAUCUGAGGGUCUAAGUUUUGCAGUGUUUUAUUACAAUUGUAAACUGUUCGGUUUCCGAGGAAUGGAUGAGCACAGAGAUUUAGAUGUCUCACAGUACAAAAUUCUUAUUGAUUAUACGCAAAACAAACGCUGUUUGAAAUUUUUCGGGAGGGUAUCCAAAAAUGUGCAAGGGGGAAUCAACCACCGCAAAAUUGAACCAAAGCAAAUAACCCACUGGGAAGAUACUUCAAACCCAAGAGACAUUGUUAAACUGUUUAGCACAUAUUUGAAAUAUGUUCCGAGUGAAGGGCCAUUUUACAGAAGGCCAAUCGGGAAAAUGAGUUUGAAAAACGAGGGAACUAAAUUUUCUGCCCAAGUCAUUGGCGUCAAUAAACUGUCUACAUACAUUAAACUUAUGUUUGAUAAAGCAGGAAUAGACUGUUCAAACCGCAAUAUUUCAAACCAUUCAGGAAAGGUUUCGUGUGUGACAACCCUAUACAAUAGUGGUUUUGAUGAUUCGGCCGUAAAAUCACGCAGUGGUCAUCGUAGUAACGCAGUAGAGACAUACAAAAGACAGAGCACAGAAAUGAGCAGAAAUAUAAGUAACGCAUUACAACCCCCUCGCCCAACUGUAUCUGAUGACAAGGAAAAUAUACCGACAAUUAGCAAUGUAUCUUGUUCGCGCCCGACGGACCAAAAAGUGCAGUCCAACAAUGAUGAAAACGAAUUGAUCAUUCAUGUACCCAAGAGCGUAAAGCGUUUGAAAGUUGUCUCUUUCGAUGGCAAGGUUAUGUCAUUUGACAUGUAA